AUGUGUAGAGCCGACAUCAGGACCCCCACCCAGCCCCAACCUUCAGGACACCAGCAAUGUGGAGAGCCGACAUCAGGACCCCCCAACCAUCAGGACACCAGCAAUGUGGAGUGCCGACACCGGGACCCCCACCCAGCCCCAACCAUCUGGACACCAGCAAUGUGGAGAGCCGACAUCAGGACCCCCCAACCAUCAGGACACCAGCAAUGUGGAGUGCCGACACCGGGACCCCCACCCAGCCCCAACCAUCUGGACACCAGCAAUGUGGAGAGCCGACAUCAGGACCCCCCAACCAUCAGGACACCAGCAAUGUGGAGUGCCGACACCGGGACCCCCACCCAGCCCCAACCAUCUGGACACCAGCAAUGUGGAGAGCCGACAUCAGGACCCCCCAACCAUCAGGACACCAGCAAUGUGGAGUGCCGACACCGGGACCCCCACCCAGCCCCAACCAUCUGGACACCAGCAAUGUGGAGAGCCGACAUCAGGACCCCCCAACCAUCAGGACACCAGCAAUGUGGAGUGCCGACACCGGGACCCCCACCCAGCCCCAACCAUCUGGACACCAGCAAUGUGGAGAGCCGACAUCAGGACCCCCCAACCAUCAGGACACCAGCAAUGUGGAGUGCCGACACCGGGACCCCCACCCAGCCCCAACCAUCUGGACACCAGCAAUGUGGAGAGCCGACAUCAGGACCCCCCAACCAUCAGGACACCAGCAAUGUGGAGUGCCGACACCGGGACCCCCACCCAGCCCCAACCAUCUGGACACCAGCAAUGUGGAGAGCCGACAUCAGGACCCCCCAACCAUCAGGACACCAGCAAUGUGGAGUGCCGACACCGGGACCCCCACCCAGCCCCAACCAUCUGGACACCAGCAAUGUGGAGAGCCGACAUCAGGACCCCCCAACCAUCAGGACACCAGCAAUGUGGAGUGCCGACACCGGGACCCCCACCCAGCCCCAACCAUCUGGACACCAGCAAUGUGGAGAGCCGACAUCAGGACCCCCCAACCAUCAGGACACCAGCAAUGUGGAGUGCCGACACCGGGACCCCCACCCAGCCCCAACCAUCUGGACACCAGCAAUGUGGAGAGCCGACAUCAGGACCCCCCAACCAUCAGGACACCAGCAAUGUGGAGUGCCGACACCGGGACCCCCACCCAGCCCCAACCAUCUGGACACCAGCAAUGUGGAGAGCCGACAUCAGGACCCCCCAACCAUCAGGACACCAGCAAUGUGGAGUGCCGACACCGGGACCCCCACCCAGCCCCAACCAUCUGGACACCAGCAAUGUGGAGAGCCGACAUCAGGACCCCCCAACCAUCAGGACACCAGCAAUGUGGAGUGCCGACACCGGGACCCCCACCCAGCCCCAACCAUCUGGACACCAGCAAUGUGGAGAGCCGACAUCAGGACCCCCCAACCAUCAGGACACCAGCAAUGUGGAGUGCCGACACCGGGACCCCCACCCAGCCCCAACCAUCUGGACACCAGCAAUGUGGAGAGCCGACAUCAGGACCCCCCAACCAUCAGGACACCAGCAAUGUGGAGUGCCGACACCGGGACCCCCACCCAGCCCCAACCAUCAGGACACCAGCACUGCAUGUGUAGCUGGGGCCCCUCCGUCUGGCUUCAUAAUCGGGGUGAAACAGUAAGUCGCCUCAAUUCUGACCCACCGGCCUCCAGUUUCUCGUCGGCGCAGAAUUAG